UCUCCUUCUCUCUCACAGCUAAGCUAUCUCCUUCAGUCUCUCACAGCUAAGCUAUCUCCUUCAGUCUCUCACCGUGAUUGCCGUUGACAAAGAUUGGAGGUAUUUUUUUGGUGGGCGUAAAUGGGUAGUAAGAAAAGAGGGUCCAAUAGUGUGGAAGACGAAGUCAAGAAUCAGUUUGGUAUAGGCAAUGAUAAAGAUGUUCCAGAACAUUCAAGAAAGAAAAUGAAAAGAGAGAAAAAGGACAAGAAGAAAGAAAUAAAGGUGGAAGAUGGGUCUGCUGGCCCAUCUGUAGCUCCUGAUUAUGUUAAGCCAAUGGAGAGAAAAAAGAACAGAAAAGCACUGGACAAAGAGAGACACCGAGCUGAGUCCGAAUCGAAGCCAAAGCAGUUUGUGUUGGUGGUAGCCGAAGAUAAUGAUAGUGAAGUGUUAAUGGCGAGCUCGCCGAGUGCAAGUAGUUGUGGGUUGCCUGAGUUCCACAUUGGUGUUUUUAAGGAACUUGCUUCUGCUGAUGUAUUUGUAAGGGAAAAGGCUGCUGAAGCGUUGGUGAUGGAGUUGGUGGAAGUUCAAAAAGCUUAUGAUAAGCUUGAGGACAAGGUGUUGGUUGAGGGUGGGUUGAAAUUGGAAGCUGAAAAGGAUGAUGGAUUGAAUAAUUGUGCGCCUUCUGUGAGAUAUGCUGUUCGGAGGCUCAUUCGUGGUGUAUCUUCAUCAAGAGAGUGUGCUAGACAAGGCUUUGCAUUGGGUAUGACUAUUUUAGUUGGUGCAAUUCCUAACAUUGAGGUGAACUCCUUGCUAAAACUCAUUAUUGAUUUGUUGGAGGUCUCUUCUUCAAUGACUGGUCAGGAAGUGAGGGACUGUCUUCUGGGUCGCUUGUUUGCUUAUGGAGCUCUUGGGCGAUCAGGAAGACUAACUCAAGAUUGGACUUCUGAUAAAAACUCUAUGUAUAUCAAGGAGUUCACUAGUUCUCUUAUCUCUCUUGCAACCAGGAAGCGGUACUUGCAAGAACCCGCUGUUUCAGUUAUUUUAGAAUUGGUUGAUAAGUUACCUGUCGAAGCCUUGCUGAAUCAGGUUCUUGAAGCUCCAGGGCUUCAGGAGUGGUUUGAAGGAGCCACUGAAGUUGGAAAUCCUGAUGCAUUGUUUUUAGCUCUUAAGAUGCGAGAAAAAAUUUCUGUUGACAGCAGAGUGUUUGGCAAGCUUCUGCCUUAUCCAUAUUGCUCUAACGGGCUUUUUUCUGCAGAUCAUCUUUCGUCACUUGCUAAUUGCUUGAAGGAGUCGACCUUCUGCCAACCUCGAGUUCAUAGUGUGUGGCCUGUUUUGGUAAAUACUCUCUUACCUGAUAACGUUGUGCAAGAUGUAGAUAAAGCAUCAGGUUUGAAUUCCAUCAGGAAGCACAAAAAGAAUCGCAAGUAUAGCUCAUCCGAAGAAGACAUUGAGAAAAAUAUUCGGAGUUUCUGCGAUGUUAUCAUUGAAGGAUCCCUUCUCAUGUCAUCUCAUGAUCGUAAGCACUUGGCACUUGAUGCUGUGCUUCUUCUACUACCGAAGCUGCCUGCCUCUUGCGUUCACAUUAUUCUGUCGUACAAACUUGUGCAGUGCCUGAUGGAUAUACUUUCCACAAAGGACUCUUGGCUGUUCAAAGUUGCACAAUUUUUCCUAAAAGAAUUGUCUGAUUGGGUCAAGUAUGAUGAUGAUAGAAGAGUAGCUGUUAUUGUGGCCCUGCAAAAGCACAGCAAUGGGAAAUUUGAUAGCAUUACUAGAACCAAAACAGUUAAAAGUUUUUUGGAAGAAUUUAAAACUGAAUCUGGCUGCAUGCUGUUCAUUCAGAAUUUGAUGAGCAUGUUUCUGAAUGAGGGUAAUGCUUCAGAGGAACCUUCAGAUCAGAGUCAAACAACAGAUGACAAUUCAGAGAUAGGUUCAAUAGAGGAUAAGGAUUCUGCUGGGACAUUGGGAACUCCUGAUUUUUUGAAAAGUUGGGUUGUGGAUUCUCUACCGGGUGUUUUGAAACACUCUAAACUAGACCCUGAAGCAAAGUUCCGGGUGCAAAAAGAAAUUCUGAAGUUUUUAGCCAUUCAAGGUCUAUUCUCUUCAUCUCUUGGAACUGAAGUGACAUCUUUUGAGUUGCAGGAGAAAUUUAGAUGGCCAAAAGUACCCACCUCAAGUCCUCUUUGCAGAAUGUGUAUUGAGCAGCUCCAACUGUUGCUGGCAAAUGCUCAAAAAGGAGAGGCGCCUCAUGCAGUGGCUAGUGGCCUCGAGGCAAAUGAUCUUGGGUCAUAUUUUAUGCGGUUUCUUAGUACAUUAUGCAACAUUCCUUCAGUUUCACUUUUUAGGGCCUUGGGCAGUGAUGAUGAAAAAGCAUUUCAAAAAUUGCUGGAAGUUGAAACCAGGCUAUCUAGAGAGGAAAGGAAUUGCGGGCUCAGUACAGAUGCAAAUAAAUUGCAUGCCCUGAGAUACUUGCUCAUCCAGUUGCUGCUGCAAGUCAUACUUCGACCUGGGGAAUUCUCUGAAGCUGCCUCUGAACUUAUUAUAUGCUGUAAGAAGGCUUUUGGUGCUUCCGAACUCCUGGAUUCCUCUGGAGAGGAUGAACCAGAUGGUGAUGGAACCCCCAAGCUAAUGGAUGUCCUUGUGGAUACAUUUCUUUCCUUGUUGCCGCAGUCAUCAGCACCUAUGCGAUCUGCUAUUGAGCAGGUUUUCAAAUACUUCUGUUAUGAUGUCACGGAUGAUGGACUGCUUCGUAUGUUGCGUGUGAUAAAGAAGGAUCUGAAACCCGCAAGAAAAAAGGAUACAGACCGUGAAGACCAUGAUGAUGAUGAUGAUGAUCUUGUCGAUAUCGAAGAAGCAGAGGAAUAUCAAGAACCUCCUCUUGAUAUUGGAGCUCCACGUGACAUUGAAGAAGCGGAGGAAUAUCAGGAACCUGAUGAAACUGAGACAGGUGAAACCGGUGAGAGUGAUGAACAGACAGAUGACUCUGAGGCAGUAGUUCGAGUUCAGGCAUCUGAGGAUGAACCUCCUGAGGACUCUGAUGAUUCUGAUGGAGGAAUGGACGAUGAGGCCAUGUUUCGGAUGGAUGCUUUUCUUGCACAAAAAUUUAAGAAGUCGAAUAACCAGGCUGGAAGUGGAACUGCUCACUCCCAGCUCGUGCUCUUCAAGCUUCGUGUUCUCUCGCUGCUGGAGAUUUACCUGCAUGAGAAUCCAGGCAAGUCUUUUGUCGACAAAUCUAAGUUUAGAUGAGUACUGGGAACCAAAUUGCAAUGAGUGCUAAAUUAUACUGGUUAUGACCCUUCAACUCCCUACUCUUAGUAUUUUUACUGGAGUUUCGGACAAUAGUAUAUAGGGACCUGGUUGGAUUUACGUAGUAUUCAGUAGCCAGGACACAAUUUAGUCGUUUAUGGAGUUUUUGAAAACAGCCUUUUUGCCGAAAUUUGAUUCAAAAUGGGGGAACAAUUUCUUGAUUUGAAAUCUUCCUAAUGAUCGAGUGGGUUGCAUUCUGAUUCAGAAAGCCCAAAGUCUAAGAUUUAACAAUAGAAAAAAUGAUAUCUAGUAUAGUCCAAUUAUGGUGGGCCUGGGAGGGGUGGAUUGUGUACAAGCCUAUCCUUUCACAUUAUUUGCAUAAAUAACUACCCUCAGGUUUGAAUCCACAACGGCAAGAUUAUUGGGUUGAACUUUAACCACUAAACAAUUGGCCCACUGUUUCAUCAUUGCAGCGAUCUUGUAGUCAUAUUGUAGUGAACUCAUCUGUACUGAAAUUUCAUUCUGUAUGAGAUAAUAGCUUGCCUAUUUGAUGUUCUAAUGGCAACGUAGAUUUGUUCUGGAGUUGCAUUGUUUAUCUGUCAGUAACUUUCUAAGGUAAAAACUUGUUUGUGACAUGAUCCGUGAUGGUAGUUUAUUCUUCUUCUUUCUGUCUCUCUACACAGGUAAGCCCCAGGUGUUGAAAGUGUUCUCAAACCUGGUACAGGCAUUUGUUAACCCACAUACUACAGAAGGUAGUGAGCAGCUUGGUCAGCGUAUUUGGGGAAUUCUGCAGAAGAAAAUAUUUAAAGCAAAAGAUUAUCCAAGAGGAGGAGAUGUGCAACUAUCCCUGCUUGAAUCUUUGUUGGAAGAGAACUUGAAGUUGGCAUCAAAGCCAUUUAAGAAAAAGAAAUCUGCAAAUAACCCAUCAAAAAUAAAACAGUCAGCCUCCUGGAAUCGACACAAAAUGAUUACGUCACUUGCUCAAAAUUCCACGUUUUGGAUUUUGAAGAUCAUUGAUGCACGAAAUUUUCCUGUGCCUGAGCUGCAGAGGGUGGUGGAUAUUUUUAAGGGUUUUUUGACGAUUUAUUUCAACAGUAAGAAGUCUCAAAUGAAACCUGAUUUUUUGAAAGAAUUAUUUAGAAGAAGACCGUGGAUUCGUCAUCAUCUCUUGGGAUUCUUUUUGGAGAAGUGUGGUAGUGCAAAAUCAGAGUUUCGGCAAGUUGAAUCACUUGAUCUGGUGAUUGAAAUAUUGAAAUCACUUAUUUCUGUUAAACCUGAUGGAAGUGGCCAGGAAGCAUCAAAGAAAAUUUUGAAAAGCCAUAUUCCAAAACUAUGUCAUCUUGUGCAACAGUUGGUGACAGAUAUGCCCGAAAAGCAGUCAAGACGGGUUGAUGUACGUAAGUUCUGUGGCAAGCUCUUCCAGUUUUUGACAACCCAUAGCCUGACCACAUCAUUUCUCAGAACUUUGGAACCUGAAGUUCAUGCUUCUUGCGAAUCUCAACUUGGUGAGCUGUUUCUUACUUUGAAAAAGCAGCAACAGUAGGCUGUCUGACUAGUUCUGCUGGAAAUAUCUCCUUCAAGUGUUUGAUUUACAAUCAAAUUAUUGGAAGUUCCUUUCGGUUUGAAUGCUAGUGCAGCAAAUAACCUCUUGCCCAACACACUACAUGGGGCUCUCGACAACUUACUCAAACCGAAAUACUACUUUCAUGGACAUUACUCUUUGGUGAUCAAUCAAGUUCUACACCAGUGACCCUGGAAGGUGGCAGUUCUUGGUAAAUCUUUCUGUUGGUAAAACCUUUAUACUUUUCACUUGUCACUUUUAGUUUCACGGUGUUGUCUUGGGUUGUUCAUGUCUAGGAGAAUUUUGAUCAUAAUUGAUCCACCAUAGCCUAUAUUAUUGGACCUUUCAAUUUUGAAUUACAGUAGUUUCUUGUUUAUUUCUUUUAUUAUAGAACAUAAGUAUU